AUGGAAAUAGAUAGUAUCUCGGAUGUUCCAUCCAACACACACACAUACAGUCAUUCACACACACAUGAGCAUGAAGUCCAGCCGGCGCUGUCCACAGCCAAGCAAAGGUUUGAGGUGAAAAAGUGGACUGCCGUAGCGUUCUGGUCGUGGGACAUAGUCGUGGAAACUUGCGCCAUUUGCAGGAACCAUCUAAUGGAACCUUGUAUUGAGUGCCAGCCCAACACAUUAAACAAAUCUAACGAGGAAUGCAUCGCCGCAUGGGGUGUGUGUAACCAUGCGUUCCAUUAUCAUUGCAUUGAUAGAUGGCUCAAGUCGAGAAACGUCUGUCCGUUAGAUAACAGAGAGUGGACGUAUCAGAAAUUUGGAAACUAG